AUGGUGAGUUUUUUUUUCAAAAAAUAUUACUCGAAUGAAAAUUUCAUAUUCUAUUUUCCAGUCUCAAUUUCAUCUCAUUUUCAUUGGUCUCGUUUUGAUACAUUCAACUUUCGGAUGUUUGCCAGGACUCGGAGGAGGUUUAGGUGGUGGUUGUGGGACAGCUCCAGCUUCGCCCUGUGCAGCUCCGCCAAUGCCUCCACCUCCUCCACAAGCACCAUGUGGAAUUGGAUGUGGCGCUGCGCCAUAUCCAGCUGCAGUUCCAUAUCUCGCUGCUCCCCCUCCACCACCACCAGCUGCUCCACCAGCUCAAGUUGUUACUGGAGUCAGUUAUGCAGUCCCACAUGGCAAAUAA